AAUACUUGAUUGUAAAAAGAACUUAAUUCUAUAUAAGUUAAAAAAAACGAAAAACUUAACAAUGAACGUAGACUUUGACCUUGAUGACAUGCCCGAUGUGGGGGAUACUUCUGAUGAUAUGGCAACGAGAAAUUUGCUGAGCUUCGUGGAUAUGGCUUCAAGCAACAUCAAGUUGGCAUUGGACAAACCCGUGAAAUCAAAACGCAAGGUGAACCAUCGGAAAUAUUUGCAGAAGCAGUUGAAACGAUGUGGUCCUGCGGACAGACGUAACUCCAGUGAGAACAAGAAUAAAGAAGCCUACUCGACAAACAAUCGGCCAAGCAGGAAGGAGACCUCACAAACGGGCGUCCAAAUCAAGUCUUUACAGGCGCUGUUCGAUCCGAAGACACUUCAUGAGCAAUGCUGUACCGAACAAACACCUAAAGCUGGCUUAAACAAACCCCCUUUGCGAAAGCGAAAACUUCCUCCGUCAUUCUUCAAAGAGCCCGACAACAUCGUUGCAAAGCGUAUUGCUUCGGCGCAUGACAAUUUAAGUCCGUUCUAUGAGGAUGAAAUGUCUUACAGUCCGAAUGGUUCACAAACCGACUUUGGAUCGGUGCUACCGACCGAUACCAUAGAGUCUAUCCUGGAUCAGAACGAUAUUCAUGACCUUUUGUCUGGGUCAUGGAACAACAGUGUUAGAGAUAGGAACAGCUCUGGCUCGUAUUAUGCAGUACAUGACACAACAGUUGGAAGUUGCAGUCCAGACUCAAUGACAUCCGAUGUUUCCGAUGGAUCAUUUGGACUCUCACCUCAUGCGGCGUAUGACCAUGGUCGAAACGCAAUCAGUCCCAUAGGGCAAGCAACAUUUUUUAACAUUAGAGCGUAUAGUGAACCAACAACGUCUUUGGAACAAUUAACGUUCCUAGGUGUGAAUAAUAGUCAUCCAAAAGUUCAAAUGAACACUGGCUCAUCAGAAAGAACAACAGCAAUUCAAAACAAGAAUGCUGGAGGAUUUCUGCCUUUGUUGCAAGACCCUAUAAACUCGAUUUAUCCAACUAAUGAUAACAUGAAUGAAUAUGGACAAUGCCCCUUGCCGGAACUGGACAAUCUAGAUGAACUUCCAACAUUUCCACAGGCCUUUUGUGGCAACGAUUCGAACUACAGUGCUUACUGUGAUGACAGCUCUAUACGUCAAGGGUACCCGUGUUGGUCGGAGCUCCAGCACGGGCAGCAACCGUGCUAUACAUUCUUGUGAUAUACGUUCAAUGAAGCUAACUAUACGUUUAAGAUAUAACCAUG